AUGAGUUACAUGUUAAACCCAACAAUUAUCCUUCUCAAAGAAGGAACAGAUACUAGUCAAGGAAAAGGACAAAUUAUUAGUAAUAUUAAUGCAUGUCAAGCAAUUGCUGAUAUUGUUAAAACUACUCUUGGACCACGAGGAAUGGACAAGUUAUUUAUUGAAAAUGGGAAAAUACUUGUAACUAAUGAUGGGGCAACAGUAAUGAAAAAUUUGGAUAUUGUUCAUCCAGCAGCUAAAGCUUUAGUUGAUAUAGCAAUGGCACAAGACUCAGAAGUUGGAGAUGGAACUACUACUGUAGUAGUUCUUGCAGGAGAAUUACUUUCACAAGCCAAGAAAUUAAUUGAAGAUGGUAUUCAUCCACAAGUUAUUAUUAAGGGAUAUCGUAUGGCAUCAAAUAAAGCUAGAGAAGUAGUUAAUACAAUGAAAAUUGAUUUUGAUAAAAAAGAUUUAAUGGAAUAUUUAAAAAAUUGUGCCAAAACAUCAAUGCAAAGUAAAUUAAUUGCUAUGCAAAGAGAACAUUUUACUAAUAUUGUUGUUCAAAGUGUUAUGCACUUAGAUGAUAAAUUAGAUAUUGAUAUGAUUGGAAUUAAAAAAGAACAAGGAGGAUCAUUAGAAGAUUCAUUUACAUUAGAAGGAGUUGCUUUUAAGAAAUGUUUUAGUUAUGCUGGAUUUGAACAACAACCAAAAUUGUUUUAUAAACCAAAGAUAUUAUGUUUAAAUAUUGAAUUAGAAUUAAAGAAAGAAAAAGAUAAUGCAGAAGUACGUAUUGAUGACCCUACUCAAUAUCAAAAAAUUGUUGAUGCAGAAUGGUCUAUUCUUUAUGAAAAAUUAGAAAACAUAGUUAAGUCAGGAGCAAAUAUUGUUUUAUCUAAAUUACCUAUUGGUGACCUUGCUACUCAGUACUUCGCUGAUAGAAAAUCUUUUUUAAAUGAUAGUGUUUUAGGUACAUGUGGAAAAUUUGAAGAACAACAAAUAGGAAAAGAAAGAUAUAAUUUAUUUAGUGGAUGUACUGCUGCAAAAAGUUCUACUAUAAUUUUAAGAGGAGGAGGAGAACAUUUCAUUGAUGAGGCAGAACGAUCAUUACAUGAUGCUAUUAUGAUUGUCAGAAGGGCUUUGAAACAUAAACAAAUGGUUACAGGAGGAGGUGCUGUUGAAAUGGAAAUUUCAAGACAAUUAAAAGAAUAUGCAAUGACUAUUGAAGGUAAAAUUCAAUACGUCAUUCUUGGAUAUGCUAAAGCAUUCGAAGGCAUCCCAAGGCAAUUGGCUGAUAAUGCUGGAUUUGAUCCAACAAAUAUCCUUAAUUUAUUAAGAAAAAAACAUGCAGAAGGAGGUUUAUGGUAUGGUGUCAAUGUUAAUGAAGAAGGUAUUCUUGAUAUGAUGGAGGCUCAAGUUUGGGAACCUGCUUUAAUAAAAUUAAAUGCUAUUGCUGCUGCUACUGAAGCUGCUUCAUUAAUUAUUUCAAUUGAUGAAACUAUUAAAGCCCCAGAGCAUACUCAAGGAUAA